AUGACUUGUAAAGCUUUUGUAGGAUAACCUGCUCCUUAUUUUGAAACUCUAGCUUGGGAUAAUGGUGAAAAGACAAUAAACUUAAAGUAAUACUAAGGGAAAUACUUAUUACUAUUUUUCUAUCCAUUUGACUUUACAUUUGUAUGUCCAACAGAAAUAAUAAAUUUUUCAGAAUCAGCUCCCAAAUUCCGUUAAAUGAAUUGCGAAGUAGUCGGAUGUUCUAUUGAUUCUCAUUUUGUUCAUUCUGAAUGGUGUAAAACACCUAGAAAUUAAGGAGGUUUGGGAAACAUGAAUAUUCCUUUAUUAGCUGAUAUAUCUAAAUAAUUAUGCACGGAUUAUGGAGUUCUUGUCUAAUCUGGACAUGAAAAAGGAGCUGCUUAUAGAGCUACUUUUAUAAUUGAUGAUAAAGGCAUUAUUAGACAUAUUUCUAUUAAUGAUUUGCCUGUAGGAAGAAAUGUUGAUGAAUAUAUUAGGCUUGUUUAAGCUUUCUAAUAUGUUGAUAAAAAUGGUGAAGUAUGUCCUGCUAAAUGGAAACCUGGAUAAAAAGCUAUUGUGCCUGAUAAAAAUUCACCUAAACUUAAGGAAUAUUGGGAAAAUGAACAUGCUAAAAAAUGA